GCGACAUCCGUAGCAGAAAUGGAAGUUUGCGCAUGCGCAUUGACUACAUCACCUUGCGUUCGAAGGUUGGGAAUACGGCGCUGUCGGAUUGAUAAGUGUUGUGAGCAGGGGAAGAGAAAAUCGCCCACUCCUGAAAUAGCUGUAGAUAAAACUCUAAAGUUGUCAGUGCCAGCCUAGCAAAUGUUCAGCUGUUAAAUGUUGAAGAGAAGGCGCAACUGCCAUCACUAUGUGAUGGCAUUCGUAAAGGCUCAGUUCGGUUCCCAGCUAGGUUGCCAGCUGAUUUUGAGUAUAUCCACGUAUCUUUCUAGGAAACAGCAGAGAAACCCUUUGAUAUUUGCCUUCCUCCAGGAUUUUCAAAAGUUAAAGUUGACAAUAGUUAUGCCUUCCCUGGUUGCCAGUCUGCUUCUGAAUUCAAUUCAAAUGGCUGUUUUUGACCUCUAAAACUCUUCAUUGCAUGGGGCCAGAUUAUUUCAGAGACCACCUCUCCCCAAUUACAUCUGCUUGUCUCAUUAGAUCAGGCAAAAAAAAGAGACAUUUUAUGGAUCCCAUUCCUCAGGGAAUUGUAUUUGAUAGGCCCAAGGAAGCAACCCUUCUCUGCCAUUGAAGCCACCUUUUGGAACAUUCUCUUUCCAGAAGUGGUAUCACUUCCAUCUCCUUUAUUUUUCAGAAGUCCCUCAAGCCCUGGUUUUGUCAUCAGACCUGGGGGUUUUAGGGGCCAGUGAGAUCUUGAGGUCAUUCUAUUGCUAAUGAAACCUCAUGUUUUGUUUUGUUUUGAAGUAUGACAGUGUUUAACAUAUUGAUCCGUUUUACAUUUUUUACAAAUGUAAGAGUUACUUCUUGUGAGAUGGGUGAUAUAUAGAUUUGAUAAAUCUACAUAGGUGUGCGAGAAUCUAUAACUAUAGAUCUGGCUAAAUCAGUAUUAAUAAAUUUAUACCAUAAAACAAGACUAGGCCGUAUCCAUGUAAUUUAGUUCAAAGUGUCUCCCAAAAGUUAGUAAUAAAAUCACCAGUCUUGGCAGCAUCUCUGAUUAGAAGUCAGAUUUUUAAUAGUUUGAAUGAAAUAAAUCCCUGUGUAGCCAUUUAAUAAUACUUGCUGUGAAAAUGUGAAUGUAAAUGUGAUAGGGACAAGUAAUCUGAUACUUAUUAGGUGUUUUGGUUUAAACCCUCAUUAAAUCCCACCAGUAUGGCUGGUGAUCCAGAAUUAUGGGAAUUGUAAUUCAAUUCACAUAGAUACCAGCAUAACUGGUAUAUCAUGUUCUUAUAAUUCAAUAAUAGGCAGUUCAGAAUAUAGGUCAGUUUGGAGCCGUGUCAUGUGAGGAGGUCAGAAUCUAAUACUAAACUAAUGGGACUAGUUAGGUAGUUGCCAAUAGUCCACACAGACUCAUAAUUCAGAAGUAAAAAAAAGAUAUAUAAUGCAUGAUAAAAAAAUCAUAAUUCAGAAAUUAAAAAAAGAUAUAUAAUUCAUGAACCAAUACUUGGUUUAAGCAGUCCUCCAUUAUGAAUUCCCAGAAAUAAAUUUACUGAAAUAUAGAAAUGUUAGAAUUUCAGACUACUGAAUAUUACAUUUAUUUUUCCAAACUUUUGGAUCAAAUAUCCUAUCAUACAACACAAUAUCCUUUACAGUAUCCUUUAUGCAAUUUAAUGUAUAAAAUAAUUUUGGAAGGAGCCACAGUAGCAAAAGUUUCCUCUCUUGCACUCAACCUGUCUUUUGAGCAUUACAUUUUUAAAAAGACGAUUCAUUUUUUUAAAAAAGUUGCAUAGGUGUCCAAUAGACAUGAAAUAAUAUUGUCACAAUAAAUGCCCAAAUAAUCUUCUAUUGAUAAUCAUGGGACACAGUGUUCCAGUUCCUUGUUUCAGAAGCUCUCAAAAUUUGCAAAUGCUUGACCUCCCAAAAUGAUAGGAUCUUCCACCUCACAUAAAACCAAUUAUUUUGCUAAGGUUAGGAGUGAACAUGCAAUAAAUUCACCACUCAUCCUCAGUAGAUAAACUUCAAGAAGUUUGAAAGAACAAAUGUAUUGAAAAUGUUUUAUAAAAAAAUUCUGUCCAAAAAUUUGCUAAAUCGGAGGUCGGGAAAGGAAGCUUUAGAAAAUCAGUUCCUGGCAUUUAUGAGCCAGGAAGAGUAGGUCUAGUAAAUAUGUAUUUAUCUUAUUUUUAUUUAGGAGCUCUCUUCUCAGUAAGAGUGAAUGCUGUCGCUAAUCUCCUCCUGCUCUACCAUUGACAGCACCUCCACAAAUCCGCCAUCAUCUUUACAAACUUCUUUCUCCCAGCGGACAGGCCAAAAAGCAAUUACAGAGGAACAUUUCGGGUUACAUGGGAAGUAGGAAAACUUAAGAAUUACUUCCGGAGCAGUUGAGGGAGGGCAGGGACAUAGAAAUUGUGCCUGUGCAUUGACUCAAUCUCCUUUUUUGAUCUUGAAUUGGAAACCGGGCCUGCUAUUAGAUGGUGCUAUUGUAUGUUUUGGAUCGAACAGGAGUACUGUAGUUUGGUGGGGGUGGGGUUCAUGGAAAUCGCUUAUAGGUAGGAAUGUAAAUUUGUCAGCAUCAAAUUAGUAACUUUCCUUAGGUUUUUUUUGUUUUGUUUUGUUUUCAGCAUCAUGGGCCAGGUGUUUCCAUCCUUACCUGGCUUUUGUGGCCCUUGUUUUAAGUGUUGUACAAAGAAAGCUUGGUUCACUCAUUUCAUAAAGUAAGCCAAUGAACAUGCAGUGGGUUAUCUUUCACUGUUAAUAUUAUAAACUACCUUUUCAGACUGCUGGUGGAUUAGUAACAAUCGUCCACAACACCUCCCUCUGUACAGUUCCAUCUUCACAUUCCAGGAGAGAGCCAAAGGGAGAGGUAUGGCCGCGAAGGGAUGCCUGUCUAGUGAUCCGGGGCUGGAAGCGGCAGGCCAUGAAAAAAAAGAAGGAGCGAAGGUUGGAAAAGAAAGAAGAGAAGCGCCGGGUGGCAGUGUCGGCAGCAUCUCCUCGCAGGGCUCCUUCCUCCUUCUCUCUGAUUGAACUCAGAAACUGUAAUGUAAGGCCCAACAAUGUUUUUUUUAAAGAAUACCUCCCACAUCCCCCUAAAACCAGUAAAUCCUAAUCUUACCCCCAUUGCAUCUCAACUCAGCUAAUCCCACUCUGGCCAUUGAACGUUGUCCACUUCUGAAUACUGUAUGACACCAAUCAUCUAGUAAAUGAAUGAGUUUGAUUCCAUCAUGAUGCCUCAGUAUAACAUAGCACACAAGAUGGUUGUGAGAAAUUAGUUUGGAGGAAGAGGUACAAUCCGUGGGGCGGUACACCCUUCCUUUUAAUGUGUAGUGAAAUUCUCCCUUAUUUUUUGCACUCUGAAUAAUAAUAAUAUAGCACUGUUAGCUUCAUUUUAAAUAUCAAAAGGGUUUUGUGGCUCCCAGUAUUUUAUUUUCUGUGUGAAAUGGGUCCAAAUGGAGUAUUUAAGGUUGCUGACCACUGCAUUAGGACAAAAAAAUCAGUGAUGUUGACUUGGCCCUGCCCACACAGUCACAUGACCACCAAGCCAUGAUCACCAAACAAGCCAAGCCCACAGAACUGGUAGUAAAAAAAUUUGAAACCCACUACUGAAUUUUUUGCUAAUCAGUUAACUAAUGUAUGUAGGAAACAUCACAGUAGUAAUGGGGGACUUUAAUUACCCUGACAUCAACUGGAAAGCAAACUCUGCAUUAAGUGGGAGAUCACACAGGUUCCUUACAAGCCUAGCUGAUAACUUUGUCAUCCAGAAGAUACAGGAGGGAAUUAGAUGAAAAGCUGCACCUGACCUAAUUGUCUAUGGAAAUUCUCAAUCAUCCAGAAACUGAAGAAGCUUCUUGGAUGAAAACAGAAGGUUUACUUGUCUCUUGAAAAAGCACUUUUGGGACACUGGACCUAAUUGUUACUAAUAGAGAAGAAGUGAUAGAAGGCAUUACCAGAAUUUUGGGCAAGAGUGACCAAGUCAUACUGGAAUUCAAUGUAAUGCAAACACAAGCCAUACAAAAUAAUCCAACCAGAGUCUUAUACUUUAAAAGAGCUAAUUUCAACAAACUUAGAAAAAGUUUGGGGAAGAUUCCAUAGAUGAAAAUCUUAAAGGAGAAAAUAACUCAAGAAGCUUGGGAAAUUCUGAAAAAAUAUGAUUAUAAAAAAAUCCAAUCUAUCACAAUACCAUUGAAAAAGAUAAAUAAGAAUUCCAAGAAAAAAACCACAUGAUUGCAUAAAAAACUCUCUGAUAAACUGAAAGACAAAAAGGAUAAAAAUAUAAAAUGAAAAGAGGAACACAUAAUUAAGGCAGAAUACCAGCAUAUAGCCUGAAUCUGCAAAAUUGAAGUCAGAAAGCUAAGACUCAGAAUGAAUUAAGAUUUGCAACAAAUGUCAAUAAUAAUAAUAAUAAUAAUAAUAAAAGAUUCUUUCAACAUGUAAAAAACAAGGAAAAAAGUCAAAGAAACAAUGAGAGACGAUGGCAAGGAAGUGACAAGCAGCUACAAGAAAGAAAAGCUGCUUAAUUUAUUAUUUGCAUCAGUUUUACUGUAAAAAGAAAAAAAUAGCCCAAUCUACCAAAAACAGAAUCAUAAAAGACAGAUUAGAAAUACAAAUUAAAACAGACAAGAAAAUGGUAAGAGAACACCUGUCCACCUUCGACAAGUUCAGACACCACGACCAGAUGGAUCCGGGGUGAAAUCCAGCAGGUUCUGACACGUUUUGGAGAACCAGUAGCGGAAAUUUUGAGUAGUUCGGAGAACCGGCAAAUACCAACUCUGGCUAGCCCCAGAGUGGAGAGGGAAUGGGGAUUUUGCAGUAUCCUUCCCCUGGAGUGGGGUGGGAAUGGAGUAUGCAGUAUCCUUCCCCUGCCAUGCUCACCAAGCCACACUCCCCAUGCCAUGCCCACCAAGCCAGGCCCACAGAACAGGUAGUAAAAAAAAAUUGGAUUUCACCACUGGAUGGAUCACACCCAGAGUUCUAAAGGAGCUGGCAGACAUGAUCUGGGAAGAAUUGAAUCAUACCUUUCAAAGAUCCUGGAGCAACAGGGAACUACCAGAGGACUGGAAAAGAGCUGUUGUGGUUUCCAUUUUUGAAAAAGGGGGGAGCAACUACAGAUCAAUCAACCUGACAUCAAUAUCUGGGAAGCCCUGGAAAAGAUAAUCAAGCAACAGAUCUGUUAAUACCUAGAAGCAAGCAGUUAUAACUAGAAGUCAACAUGUCAAAAACAAAUCAUGCCGAACAAAUCUUAUUUCGUUCUUUGACAAAGUGACUAAAUUAGUGGACCAGUGAAAUGCUAUGGACAUAUUAUACUUGGAUUUCAGUAAGGCAUUUGACAAACCACCACUUACUUCUUAGUAAGUUAUAAAAAUGUAGGAUAGACAGCAUCACCAGCAAAUGGAUUCAUAACUGGCUGACAAACUGUGCUCAAUGAGUCGUCCUUAAUGGUAUUACAUCUACAUGGAGGGAAGUAAACAGUUGGGUUCCACAAGGUUCUGUCCUAGGCCCAGUACUUUUCCAUAUCUUCAUAAAUGACUUAGAAGGGGAACUUACCAAAUUUGCACAUGAGACUAAACUAGCAGGAAUAGCCAACACCCUAGAUAAUAGGCUCAAGAUCCAGAUGGAUCUUAACAGACUUGAACACUAGGCUCUAGCUAACGAAGUGAAAUUCAAUGUAGAAAAAAGUAGUUGUAAUGUAUUUGAAUUCUAGGAGGGAAAUUUGGGCAGGAAAAUGCACGUUGCUGAUUGGCUGAUGCCUCAGCCAAAAUACUAUUUAAAGAGGGGUUUUUGCCUGUUGGCUUUUGCUGGGAUCACAAUAAACUACAGAGCUGUUGUCACUUGUAUCGUCUCCUGCCUCGUCAUUGCCCGAACUUAACAUUGGCGACAAGGAUGGGAUUUUGAAGGCAGCGAGACUAGGAAAAGAGCUGAAGGAGCGACUUAGUUUAAAACCCAGCCAGUAGUAAGAGCGGAUACAUAGCGAUGUCUAGCUAUACGCCGCCAGCGCCAUUCGACCCAGCCAAGGAGAAAUGGGGGUCGUACAUGGCUCGUUUCGAGUGUUUCCUCGAAGCUAACGAACUGCAAGGAGUAUCGGAUAAUCGGAAGGGCGCUUACUUCCUGAGCCACUGUGGGCCAGAAGUCUUCGAUACCGCUGAAUCGCUGUCGGAACCAACGCCGGUACAGUCGGUGCCAUGGCAAACACUACAGAUGACGCUACGAGCACACUACGCGCCGGUGCCAUCAAAGUUUGUACAACGGUUCGAGUUGAGGCAAAGAGUUCAGCGAGAGGGCGAAUCGAUAAGUGUCUACAUGGCCGCAUUAAGGAAAGCCACAAACCACUGUGAGUAUAGGGACUUGGAUGACUCUCUAUUAGAACAACUCAUUUGUGGGGUCAGGGACAUCCGACUACAGAGGCGGCUGCUGUCGAAAAGCAACCUAACCCUGGCAAUAGCCCUGGAUGAGGCCAGGGCACACAAGAUGUCGACCAAAGCGGUGGAAACCUUACAAAAGCCGAACACGCUGAAUGCCGCGGCAAAAGCAACGCCAGUCCACAGCGAAGAAAUCCAGGCCGAAUCGGACGGUGAGGAAGAGGAGGAGGUUUUCCACACCGGGAGGCCGGAAAGAGGCGACCGGGACGAGUGCGUGAGUUGCGGAGUCCAACCCCAACGUUAGAAUUGCAGGUUCAAAGAGGCGAUUUGUCGGCGGUGUGAAAAAAAAGGACAUAUAGCUCAGGCCUGUCGAACCUCCCAACCUUCCCGCCAAAGAUUCAAACUGGCCAAUCAACAGGGCGCCGGUUCAGCGAAGCGGCCAGGGAUUGGCCAAUUCAAAAAAGGCGCAAAAUUGAAUCAGACCACUGUGAGAGUGGGCCACGCAUCGACACGGCUAGAAAAGAAAAUAUUCACCAAGACAUACAUCGAAGGAGUGCAGUGUAAAAUGGAGGUGGAUUAUGUCUUGGGACACAAUCGCAAAGGACCUGCCAGACGUCGCGAAACGCCAGCUGCAACCAAAAGCUGAGAGUGAAGACUAUCAGGGGAACCGAAUCCCUGUUCGAGGAGUCACGUCCGUCAGAAUGAAAUAUGGACAAUUCAAGAAAACCCUGCCGAUCACCAUCGUAGAUGGAAACCUGCCCAGUUUGCUAGGUCUGGACUGGUUCAGAGCCUUGGGCAUGGAAGUAACUGGGGUUCACAGAAGCGGAGUCAACCUGAAGGACAAAUUAUUGAGAGAAUUCGAGGAUGUUUUCCAAGACUGCCUGGGCAAUUACGUGGGCACCCCCAUCUCAUUCAAUUUGGACCCCCAGGUGGCUCCCAUUAGAUUAAAGGCUAGGAGGGGCCCGUUUGCCCUCAAAUCCAAGAUUGACAGGGAACUAGACAAAUUAGUAAGCCAGGGAAUACUAGUCCCCGUCGACCAUGCAAAAUGGGAGACACCAAUAGUGACCCCAGUCAAACCGAACGGAUCAGUCUGGAUUUGUGCUGACUAUAAGGCAACACUUAACAAAGCGUUGCAAAAGAGUGCUUACCCCGUUCCCGUAGUGCAACAUUUGUUGCACUCGUUAGGGCAGGGACAAGUCUUUGCCAAACUCGAUCUGGCUCAAGCCUACCAACAAUUACCGGUAGACAACGGAAUGGCUGAAGCGCAGACGAUUGUCAUACAUCGGGGUGCGUUUAAAUGCACUCAACUUCAGUUCGGAGUUAGUGUAGCUCCCGGGUUAUUCCAAAACCUAAUGGAGUGACUCCUACAAGGUCUACCAGGAGUAGUUCCAUAUUUUGACAAUGUACUGAUAUCAGCAGAAAACUUGGAAAAAUUAGGGGUCAAAUUGGGGAAGGUUUUGGGCAUUUUCAGGUCUGCGGGGCUUAAGGUUAAACUCAACAAAUGCCAGAUAGGAGUUGAAUCUGUAGAAUUCUUGGGUUACCGGAUAGAUACGGAAGGCAUCCACCCAACGGAGAGCAAAGUGCGAGCCAUUAGAAAGACCCCAACCCCCCAAAACAAAACAGAAUUACAAGCAUUUUUGGGGCUCGUAAAUUUCUAUGCGGUAUUUUUAAAAAAUAAGGCAACGGUAGCCGAACCGCUACAUAAACUGCUAGCGAAAAAAGCUGUUUGGACUUGGGGCAGAGUUGAGGCUAAGGCAUUUGAAGGAGUUAAGAAUCUCUUGUCCAGCGAUAGCAUUCUUAUUCAGUACAAUGGGACAUUGCCACUAGUACUAGUUUGUGAUGCAUCACCCUAUGGGGUAGGGGCUGUCCUCAGCCACAGGUUACCGAACAGGUCAGAAGCCCCUAUCGCAUAUUUUUCCCGCACGAUGUCCGCAGCGGAAAGGAACUAUAGCCAACUAGACCGGGAAGCCCUGGCUAUAGUUUCUGGGGUCAAAAAAUUCCACAAGUACCUGUUUGGGCAGCAAUUUGAAAUAGUCACAGACCACAGACCUUUAUUGGGACUAUUGGCGGGGGACCGUCCAACACCGGCUGCAUUAUCACCCAGGCUGACCCAUUGGACUAUUUUCCUGGCAGCAUAUUCAUACAAACUGUCUCACCGACCGGGCAAGUAUUUGGGACAUGCGGACGCUUUAAAGACUAUUGAAGACCUGACCCCAGGGACGCCCGUCUUGUUAAUUGACUCUUUGGACUCUGGCCCAGUCACAUCUACGGAAGUGACUAGGGCAUCUUACAAAGACAUUGUCAUAAGAACUGUGAUCGGUUGGGUGCAGAGGGAAUGGCCUACUGCACUGGGGGAUCGUUUCAAAGAAUUUACAAAAAAGCUUUUGGAACUGUCGGUACAAGGGGGUUGUCUAUUAUGGGGGGAUAGAAUUGUUAUUCCGGAGAAAUUACGAGGGCAUGUGUUGGAACUAUUGCAUGUGGGCCACCCGGGGAUUGUAAGGAUGAAAAGCCUAGCGAGAAGUUACGUGUGGUGCCCACAAAUGGAUAAAGACAUUAGCGACCAGGUAGGGAAAUGCCAAGCAUGUCAAGAAUCAAGGCCACUACCCCCAACAGCCCCCAUAAGGGAUUGGGAGAAACCCCAGGGUCCUUGGUCCAGGAUCCAUAUAGAUUUUGCUGGGCCGUUCCAUGGGCAGACCUUCUUAAUUGUGGUAGAUGCCUACUCGAAGUGGUUAGAAAUUUUACUUAUGAAAACCACAACAGUGGAAGAUGUAAUCACAGUAUUGAGACAUCUAUUUGUGACACACGGGUUGCCCGACACUCUAGUAUCCGAUAAUGGCCCACAAUUUAAGGCCACCCAGUUUGAGGGGUACUUGGCAGAAGAGGGCAUCCGACAUGUCCUCUUGGCGCCUUUCCACCCGGCGACGAACGGACUUGCAGAACGUUUCGUACGCAGUGCCAAGGAAGCGCUAUCUAGAAUUAGCCCAGGAGAUUGGCAAUCCAAAAUUGCUAUUUUCCUGGCAGUCCAACAUAGAACUCCCUGUGUGACCACCGGCCGCAGCCCAUCGGAGUUAUUAAUGGGUAGAAGACUCCGGUGCCCCCUAGAUCGGUUAAACCCAACAUACUCCCCUGAUGGGUACCAAGGCACAAAGGAAAAAACCAGAACAAUGACAACAGAUGACCCGGUAUGGGCACAUAACUAUAGUGAGGGCCCAGCGUGGCUAAAGGGAACAACUGCAGGAGUGACGGGCCCAAAGUCAUACAUAGUGGACAUGGAGGAUGGCUGAGUGUGGAGACGCCACAUAGAUCAAUUAUGAAAAAGAAUACAAAACAAUCCAGAAACCAAACAGCCAGACCCUGACUACCCAAUAUUUGAACCAACAGCUAACUCAACCCCGAGGCGAUCGGAGGACUUAGCUGAGUCUGAAGAAGUCCAGCGACGCCAACCGGCUCCUCCAGAGGACAGCAGGGACAACUCUGCCAAUAAUCCAGGGCCAGAUGGCCCAGAGGAGGAGCUGGGAGGAACAAACAGUCCCUCCGACCAGCUCGACUCACUCCCAGGGAAUGAAUUGCGCAGGUCAGAAAGAGUUAGGAGACGCCCUGUCUACCUGCGUGACUAUGUGGAAAAAUAACAUGCAAAUGUUAUGCAAAAAACUAUGUAAAUAUGGUACAAUGUGUUCUGGGAGGGGAGAAGUGUAAUGUAUUUGAAUUCUAGGAGGGAAAUUUGGGCGCAAAAAUGCACGUUGCUGAUUGGCUGAUGCCUCAGCCAAAAUACUAUUUAAAGAGGAGUUUUUGCCUGUUGGCUUUUGCUGGGAUCACAAUAAACUACAGAGCUGUUGUCACUUGUAUAGUCUCCUGCCUCGUCAUUGCCCGAACUUAACAGUAAUCUUACACUUAGGCAAAAAAACCUAACAGUACACCUAUAGACUGGGUGAAACCAGGCUUAACAGAUAACUGUGAGAUGGAUCUUGGAGUUUCCAUGGACAACCAAUUAAAUAUGAGCCAACAGUGUGUGGCGGAAGCCAAAAGAGCCAAUGCAAUCCUAAAUUGCAUUAACAGAGGAUACAGUCAAGAUCUAAUGCCACUUUAUAAAGCCUUUCCAGUGGUGGGAUUCAACUGGUUUGCACUGGUUUGGUGACUGGCUGGCCCUGCCCCUCUGCCUUCCCCUCCCAGUCACUCCUCACCUGGCCUGAGAAGGUAAGGGUGAUGGCGGGGAAGAGAAACUCGCUCCAUGUGGGGCUGGUACAAGAAGUAAUACAAGGAGUAGCAUAGCACUCGCCAGCCAGAAAGAGGUAAUUGUACUGUUGCGGCAAGAUGGGGUGGCGCAGGCUGGCUGAAGCGGUGGUGGUGAUGGCCAGAGCCUUAGUGCAGAAGUGAAGCACUGCUGUACUUGCCUUUGCACAGCAACAGCAUUCCAUCUUUGUUGCAGUACA